GUAAACAAAGGCACUGCGCAUGCGCGUUUUACCCAUAUUCUAUCGCGAUAUUUCAUUUUCCUAUCGUUGCCCAAAAUUACACCGGUAUUACCGUGAACGGUAUGAUAUAGCCCAGCCCUACCUUACGGCACCUUAUACUGGAUCCCUACCGCACGCGCGCAAGAGGACAUGGCUACCACGCCACUGUACACUCUGGUCCCCUCCAGCAAAGUAUAAAAAUCUAAGACCUUUCAUUUGUUCUGGUUUUGCAAUCAAAUAAAAUAGUUUGAUGAUUUUUUGGUAACUGAAUUAAAUGCCUAUAUCAUAACAAUUCAAGAAUAAUUUCAUUCAUACACACACAGACACUCACACAAACAUAUAUAUUUUAAAUCUUUUGUAAAUUUGCACCAAAGCCAAAUCUAUCUAUUGUCUUGCAAAUGUCUUCCAUAAAUUUUAAUCAAGAAUCCUUUGUGUUUAAUAUCUUUCAUAUCUCAGCCUCUAAUGAUGGCCUAACUUAUUAGUGAUAAAUCACCUUUGAAUAACAGCUAAUUAUUUACUUCUCCCACGCCGCUCCCACGCCACAAGUCCACAUUCUGGGCCCCUACUGUACGCAUGCAAGAGGGUGCCACUCCCACGCCUCCACACAAUCCGGGCCCCUCUCACAUGCGCACAAGAGGAAACCGCUCCCACACCGCCACCAACAUACUGGACCCCAACUGCACACGUGCAAGAGGGUGCCACUCCCACGCCUCCACACAAUCCGGGCCCCUCUCACACGUGCACAAGAGGCCACAGUUCCCACGCCAAAACCCCACAUUCUGGGCCCCUGCUGCACACGUGCAAGAGGGUGCCACUCCCACGCCUCCACACAAUCCGGGCCCCUCUCACACGUGCACAAGAGGCCACAGUUCCCACGCCACAACCCCACAUUCUGGGCCCCUGCUGUACGCGGGCAAGAGGGCGCCACUCCCACGCCUCCACACAAUCCGGGCCCCUCUCACACGUGCACAAGAGGCCACAGUUCCCACGCCACAACCCCACAUUCUGGGCCCCUGCUGUACGCGGGCAAGAGGGCGCCACUCCCACGCCUCCACACAAUCCGGGCCCCUCUCAGACGUGCACAAGAGGCCACAGCUCCCACGCCGCUCCCACGCCGCUCCCACGCCACAAUCCCACAUUCUGGGCCCCUACUGUACGCGUGCAAGAGGGUGCCACUCCCACGCCUCCACACAAUCCGUGCCCCUCUCACAUGCGCACAAGAGGAAACCGCUCCCACACCGCCACCAACAUACUGGACCCCAACUGUACGCGUGCAAGAGGGUGCCACUCCCACGCCUCCACACAAUCCGGGCCCCUCUCACACGUGCACAAGAGGCCACAGUUCCCACGCCACAACCCCACAUUCAGGGCCCCUGCUGUACGCGUGCAAGAGGGUGCCACUCCCACGCCUCCACACAAUCCGGGCCCCUCUCACACGUGCACAAGAGGCCACAGCUCCCACGCCGCUCCCACGCCACAACCCCACAUUCUGGGCCCCUACUGUACGCGUGCAAGAGGGUGCCACUCCCACGCCUCCACACAAUCCGGGCCCCUCUCACAUGCGCACAAGAGGAAACCGCUCCCACACCGCCACCAACAUACUGGACCCCAACUGCACACGUUGAAGAGGGUGCCACUCCCACGCCUCCACACAAUCCGGGCCCCUCUCACACGUGCACAAGAGGCCACAGUUCCCACGCCAAAACCCCACAUUCUGGGCCCCUGCUGCACACGUGCAAGAGGGUGCCACUCCCACGCCUCCACACAAUCCGGGCCCCUCUCACACGUGCACAAGAGGCCGCCGCUCCCACGCCACAAGUCCACAUUCUGGGCCCCUACUGUACGCAUGUAAGAGGGUGCCACUCCCACGCCUCCACACAAUCCGGGCCCCUCUCACAUGCGCACAAAGGAAACCGCUCCCACACUGCCACCCAACAUACUGGACCCCAAGUGCACACGUGCAAGAGGGUGCCACUCCCACGCCUCCACACAAUCCGGGCCCCUCUCACAUGUGCACAAGAGGCCACAGCUCCCACACCACAACCCCACAUUCUGGGCCCCUACUGUACGCGUGCAAGAGGGUGCCACUCCCACGCCUCCACACAAUCCGGGCCCCUCUCACACGUGCACAAGAGGCCACAGCUCCCACGCCGCUCCCACGCCACAAGUCCACAUUCUGGGCCCCUACUGUACGCAUGUAAGAGGGUGCCACUCCCACGCCUCCACACAAUCCGGGCCCCUCUCACAUGCGCACAAAAGGAAACCGCUCCCACACUGCCACCCAACAUACUGGACCCCAAGUGCACACGUGCAAGAGGGUGCCACUCCCACGCCUCCACACAAUCCGGGCCCCUCUCACAUGUGCACAAGAGGCCACAGCUCCCACACCACAACCCCACAUUCUGGGCCCCUACUGUACGCGUGCAAGAGGGUGCCACUCCCACGCCUCCACACAAUCCGGGCCCCUCUCAUACGUGCACAAGAGGCCACAGCUCCCACGCCGCUCCCACGCCACAACCCCACAUUCUGGGCCCCUACUGUACGCGUGCAAGAGGGUGCCACUCCCACGCCUCCACACAAUCCGGGCCCUCUCACAUGCGCACAAGAGGAAACCGCUCCCACACCGCCACCAACAUACUGGACCCCAACUGCACACGUUGAAGAGGGUGCCACUCCCACGCCUCCACACAAUCCGGGCCCCUCUCACACGUGCACAAGAGGCCACAGUUCCCACGCCAAAACCCCACAUUCUGGGCCCCUGCUGCACACGUGCAAGAGGGUGCCACUCCCACG